UGCAGUAGCGACGGACGUCCCCGCCCACUCCUCGGUUGCCAUGGCGUCGGGCUUGAGCGGUAUGUUCGGGAGCCAGGGUUCCAUCCCUCCUCCUCCACCGCCACCGCCUCCUCCGCCGCCGCCUGCCCCAGUGGCCCCCGGGGGACCAGGGCCGGCCGGGCUCCUCCCUCCGAACCCGGCGGGGCCCAGGAACCCCAGCAGCACCCUCGUGGACGAGCUGGAGGCCUCCUUCGAGGCUUGCUUUGCUUCCCUCGUGAGUCAGGAUUAUGUGAAUGGUACAGACCAGGAAGAAAUUAGAACUGGUGUUGACCAGUGUAUCCAGAAAUUUUUAGAUGUUGCACGACAAACAGAAUGUUUUUUCCUACAAAAAAGGUUACAGCUCUCUGUCCAGAAACCAGAGCAAGUAAUUAAAGAGGAUGUGUCAGAGCUGAGGAAUGAACUACAGAGGAAAGAGGCCCUAAUUCAGAAGCACUUGGGUAAACUGCGACAUUGGCAACAGGUUCUGGAAGAUAUCAACAUGCAGCAUAAAAAACCUACUGAAAUGCCUCAAGGACCUCUAGCAUAUUUAGAGCAGGCUUCAGCUAACAUUCCUGCACCCCUGAAGCAAACGUGAGGAAGAGCAUCAUUCAAAUGCUAGAAUAACCUUUGUUACACCCAGCAAUGUGGAUUUUUAAAAUUUAUGUAAUGUACAUGUUCCAGCUUUAUAUGUAUUUUUGAAAACUGAUGUGAAAUAGUGUAAAACAAGAAUGCAUUAUGCCCUUAUGGGGUUCAUAGUGAUCUUGGUUUUUACAGUAACCCUCUACACCAACAGAAACUAAUUAUAAUACAGACUGUAAACAAGCAUUUCUCCUGUCUAAUGUCAAAAUACAUCCUGUUGAAAAAGCAAUAACUAUCUGUCACUGUAACAUGGGCUUCUCUAGUACUGUGUAAACAGUAUUUGUAGCUGGUUUCAUGUGUCCAAGAGAUUGUGACUGAAUUAUGGAACAAAAUAUUGGCUGAGAUUUAGAGAUGCACUUUAGAGCCUGUGCGCUCGAGUUAGAUCCUCGGCCUCAGAACAUUAGCCCUCUACACUCCCUGGUAAUUACUUUUAAAAUUGAAAGAGGAAAGGGUCUAGCACAAAGAAAGUAAGUCGGAAAUGUUUCUAAAGUAGCUCUUUGGAUUGCUGCCAGUAUUUUGUUCCACAAUGGGCCCUAACAAUUUUCUUCCAGCACUACUGUUUUCAUGGUACAAGAUAUUCAACAAAGAUCUCUAUAGAAUGUGUUCUCAUUUUUAUUUUCCUUCUGCCCAAGGGAAGAUCAGAGUAGACAUUACUUGUUUUAAAACCUCACCUCCUCUCUUUUCAAUCACAGUGCCUGACAUCUCUGCUUCCUAUGGUUUUUUUUCCUUUUGUGUUUCAAGAUGUGUCCUUUUCUCUUGCCCCUGGUAGUAUGUUGCCCUUAAGUAUCACUUUAAAAUAGCUUCAACAUUGCUGUCUAUUGGAAGAAAAUAUAUAGCUAACCUGACUUGUUGAUAGAACUGUUUGCAAAGAGAAAACUACUUUUUGAAUAUUUUGUAUCAACAAUUAGAUAAUAAAUCAUGCAUGAAUAAA